AUGAACAACAGCUUUCAGUUGUCCAGUGGCUCUGGUUCCCUGACGUCUGGGGACAUGUCUUAUGAUAAGUAUACUCGGAUAGAUCACAAGCGUGGUCAUCGGUGGUUUAUAGGUAAUUCUGAGCAAGAGCUAUUUUCUAAUAAGAAGCAAGCAGUAGAAUCCGUUCAUGAAAUUCAAACCCCGGCAUCCACAGCUUUGACCGGUUCCUUUUUGCACGGUGGUUCAAGCUCUUGGUCGGGAGGUCAAAGAAAUGACUUUGACCCUUAUGUCCCUAAGCUCGUCCCGAGUCCAAUCUUCGCUGAUGAGAAUAAUUCCCCAGAUUACCCUGCCUCUGUCAAUAUGGGAAAGAUGAGUUUCGAGAACCGAUUCAAAAAUGAUUCAUUAAUUAGUCAAAGCAUGUCCCAGGCAGCAGAAGAUCCUCAGUUCCACAACUCCGCUCUUAGAAAAGUCAGAGUCAACGAGGUGACUGCCCGACAUAAUAGCUCGCCCGAGCCCUUAGGGAGCAGUAUCUUCGUCCCUGUGGAGAGCAACAAAAAUAUAAUGGGUAGUUACUUUCUGAGGUCCAGUAACAAUUACAUUGGUUCUGGGCUUACUUACAACUCCAUACUGGAUCCUGCCUCCAGCAAGACAAAUGGGUAUUUCACGCUGAACAAUCACUACUACAACGAGAUUAAUAACAGCAUGCUAUCCAUUGGACAGACAUUUGACCAAGGGAGUUACUAUAACUCGUUGGGCCAUUACGGAAAGGAGAAUGCCAAAUUCAUGCCGGCCGGCCCUGUUUACGGCAAGGUCCCGGAUAAUUUCUUCGCCGUGGACCCAUUUUACGCUAAAGCAAACGAAACUUUAAUGCCCACCGGUUCUGUUCAGGAUGACAACAAUGCCGCCAUUCCCUACAGUGAUGAGACCCCUGAUCUCCCAUCGAUAGUCGAGAACUCUGACAAGGGAAAACAGAGUAAGACCAUAUCCGUUGCAGGUUUUGUGGGUCCGGAGGAGAGGGGCUUCAUGUGUAGUAGCUAUGGUGUUCUGCCUAAUUAUCACUCUUCUGCUCAGUCCAUGGAGGCAUCAAGGGAAAAAGAUGCUGAAGUGCAACAAAAUGGGAAUGUGAACCCACGGGCCACCUCAAAAGGUGAUGGGCCCAAAAAGGUUAAGGAUGGGAAGGCCAAAAAAGAGUCGUCUAGCAAUUUUCCUUCUAACGUGAAAAGCUUGUUGUCGACGGGAAUAUUCGAUGGGGUCCCAGUGAAGUAUGUUUCUUGGACGAGAGAGAAAAGCCUUAGAGGGGUGGUAAAGGGAUCUGGUUACUUGUGCAGCUGCGAGGAAUGCAAGCUUUCCAAGGCUAUUAAUGCUUAUGAGUUUGAGCGUCAUGCUGGAGGCAAAACCAAGCACCCAAACAACCAUAUCUUCUUUGAAAACGGGAAGACUGUAUACGCCGUGGUCCUGGAACUGAAGGCUACCCCUCAGGAAAAGCUUUUUGAAGUGAUACAAAACAUCACUGGCUCUAUUGUCAACCACCAAAAUUUCACUACUUGGAAAGCAUCCUAUCAAGCUGCAACCCGUGAACUUCAGCGUAUAUAUGGGAAAGACGAAGUCGCUGUGUCAUCUUGA